CAUCACUAGACUGUCGCACCGGUUGCGCACCUCACCAGCGAACAUCCUAGGAUACACUCUCUUAUAAUUCCACUGGUACGAGUCCCUUUGGACGUUCGUACUGAAAGUAGAAUCAGCCUCGUCUCACGUUUCGCGUAAAAUAGUGAUCUCACUAUGAUUCAGUCUGUCAUCAACGAGGUGGACAUCGACAGCCCCAUCCCUCCCAGGACGGCCGAACAUUCGUUGGACCGGACUCGCGCCCGUGCAACCUCCCUCAAACGGUCUCACGUCGCAUUAUACUCGGAAACUGACGACUUAGCUACCACAGAAGAAGCAAUCAAACGAGCUCGCGUCCAUUUCUUGCCCGACCCCCUUCGCAACUUGAGGAAUUCAAACUCAGUGCCUGCUAGCGACGUGCCAAUCCCCGAACGAACCCUUGCCUCUGAUGCUACCGCCGCAGAAACCGUCUUUAGCACGAGUUUUACGGAGAACACUGGUUUACUACAUGACCAGCUGAACGUUGUCGCCUCAAGGCUCUCGCCGACUGUCCUUGAUCUGGCUACAUCCUCCGCUCCCGUUGACGGCCGCAAGACCACUGUGAAGACUUCGGGUUUCUCUGAGGCUUCCCCCUCUCUAGCGGGUGAAUCUCGUGCUUGCACUGCUUUGAAUGAAGAGAAUGCGACCGCAGUCAGGGACGAAGGCUUCGAAACACUGCUGGCAGACUCUCUUGACGGCAACCGCACAUCUCAGUCUCAGGCCUGUCGUAGUCAAUCUGGUGGCUCUCGCACACGGAAACCGAAGUGCGCCAAGUGUCAAGACGAGCUCGAGCUCUGCAAGAGGCUAGAGCAACAGGUCGAGAUGCUUCAAGCGCAACUGGCAAACGAAGAUCGUGAUUACAGCAAGAAGGCGCAAGUGGUCCCCGAGCUGAUGGGCAAGAACCUUGAGCUCCAGAGGAAGUUGCGGAGGAGCGAGCGCGAGAAGCACGGAGCCAUCAUCAAACGUGACGAGACCAUAGGGACGCUCCGAAAGCAGUUGGGGUCGACCGAAGCCACGAGGAAUGCAUUGCUGGAACAAUGCCAAAUCCUCAAUCGGGAGAUAGCGGCAUUUGUACCUCAGGGCUACGAUCUCCGUCGUCGCUUCAUGGCCCGCCCUGCGCGUCAGAGGCAUACGUGCUGUGCCGCCUCGGUUUGGGGUAUGGACUUGUCAGAGUGAAUUGGACUCGCAUAUGGAUACCAUCUCCGAUACGAUGUACCGCACAGCCUAUUCGUGAAUUCUCUGCAUUCGAAUGAGGAAGGAAACAACAUCAC